UGUUACUAUAUGCGGGGCUCCUAACGCAGCGUCCUCUGCCCUCACCUGGGGUCGUGCUGGGACUUGCGGUUCUACCAUAGCUGGCUUGUUUAUGCCUCAGUCAUUAGACACCCGGGUUAGCAUGUUGGGGGUUGUAGUCCCUCCUUACCUAGGAGAAGACUGGACGGCGGCUAGAAUGAGCGUCCUCUUGCUCGAGGCCUUUUAUGGAGGCUCACACAAGCAGCUGAUGGACCUUCUGAAAGGAGAAGUGGAAGGCUGCGUCCUCUACAGCCUCCCCGCCAAGAAGUGGCACUGGAGGGCCCGCACUGCCGCCCUCUACUUCAUGCAGGCCGUUCCACCCGAUGACUCCUACAGGAUCCUGUUUACCAGCUCGGUCCUCAACCUGGCUGAACUCGUCGCUCUCCGAACCGACCUUGGGAAGCUGAGAAAGAUCUUGUAUUUCCAUGAAAACCAAUUGGUUUAUCCUGUACGAAAGAAUCAAGACAGAGAUUUCCAGUAUGGUUACAACCAAAUCCUUUCAUGCUUAGUCGCAGACGUUGUGGUGUUUAACUCCGCCUUCAACAUGGAGUCUUUCCUAACAUCUAUCGGCAAGUUCAUGAAGCUGAUUCCCGACCACCGGCCUAAGAAUCUAGAGCAGAUCAUCCGACCAAAAUGCCGGGUCAUUCAUUUCCCCAUCAGAUUUCCUGACGUCAGCCGGUUCCUGCCAGAACACAAGAUAUCCGUGGAGGCUUUGGGCCACCACACAGAACUAAAUGUCCAGGCAGAAAAUGAGAACGCAAGCGUCGCACCUGCUCUUUCUGGUCAAGUGAGGCAACACCUGAACCAACCAUGGAUAGAAUCUGUUGAAGAUAGUUCUGAAGAUGAUCGCCAAGUCACGUCACCACCAUCCUCCUCCAACUUCAGCACCGAGUCCCAGAGGCCUCUGCAUAUUGUCUGGCCUCACAGAUGGGAACACGAUAAAGAUCCAGAGACCUUCUUCAAAAUUAUGAUGAAACUAAAAGACCAGGGGCUGCCGUUCCGCCUGUCGGUGCUCGGGGAGACGUUUACUGAUUUGCCAGAGAUCUUCUCCGAGGCCAGAACAUCCUUGGGGUCGGCGGUUUUGCACUGGGGUUUCUUGCCCAGCAAAGACGAGUAUUUCCAAGUGCUCUGCACGGCCGAUGUUGUCAUCUCCACGGCUAAACACGAAUUCUUUGGCGUGGCAAUGUUAGAAGCUGUGCACUGCGGCUGUUAUCCCCUGUGCCCCAAAGCUUUGGUGUACCCCGAGAUCUUCCCAGCGGAAUAUCUGUAUUCGACACCUGAACAGCUUUUGAAAAAAUUGCAGAAUUUCUGCAAAAGGCCCGCUAUUGUCAGGAGGCAUCGGUUUCAGGAAUUAAAAAAAAUAAAAUAAAACAAUCUUCUCUUAGAUCAUACAAGACACUGAGCUUUACAAGCUGCUAUUGCGAGACAGCAGCAUGGGAAUGUGUAAUCUUGCCUGGUUUAACCCCAGCAUCGCCAGUGAAAAUGGCAGCAGGAGGCGUUGGAGGAGGGCGAAAUGUUUUGGUUUUGUUGCUCAGAUAUUUUGAUGAUGUAUGUGCAAUGUAAAGCUCCAUUGUGCAUCUGUAGGAAACAGUUAAAGCAUGGGAAAAAAUAGAGAUAGGAACAAAAAAAUGCAAUUUAACACCCAAUU